AGGACUCGCAAUCUUUGAUCCAAAGCCCUUGGCUACGCCCCCCUGCAUGCGACAGAGCUUCUUGUUCCUUUUGAAACUUAACGGAAAAACCUACGCUUAUCAAGACCGCGAUCUCCGCGAUCCGCAGAAAAGUCUAAUUCUCAACAACAUCCGAACUAUUUUCCUUUGCGCUGUGUCUUCUCGUUAAACUUAAAACUUAAUUCUAGUUCUGCUUUUCGCUUUUGCGUCUCUUUUCGACAACUUCUUCGAAACCGUCUCGAACCCAGUUCGACCUCAAAAAAAAUCCGCCAACCAAAACAGUAGCCUUGUGGUGAAGUACAUUAUUCUUCUCGCAGUGCGCUACGGUACAACUGUUCUUGAUAUUCUACUUCGCUGCAUAAGAGUUCUUGAUCGUCUCACCAGUAACACCACAUAGUAUAAUCUUGUUGCAACAUCGAGUGUAGUACCUCCAUCAUGCGAACUUCCCGUCGACUUUUUAUGCUUCUGUUUCGCCGAUUAUGUUUGCUCCUUCACAUUGGGCGGGUCGCGAUACUCUUCGCACUCGCACAGAGCAACAUCGAGCAGCAGAUGGGUUUUCUGUUCCAGAAAAUCAUGGUAAGGAGUUCUCGCUUUUUAUUUCUUCAUUUUUGAUGACCUUCGUUCCUGGAUCAAGAACAAGGAUCUGUGAAUCGAAACAAGAAACCAUGUUGACGUCCAAAGCAGGAUGCAAACGAGUAAAAGAUAAAUCCAAACACAUUCCUCUUUACUUCUUCCAGGUCUCCAUGCAAGAUUUCGAGCGCGUGAAGCCUGGGCUUUUCCAGGCACAGCAGAAGCUCCAGUCCGCGGGGGCACAGCUGCAGCAGCUGGUGCAGUCGAACAAGGUUACGCCGGAGCACAUAAGACUUUUGAACGGCGAGGAAAGUGAGAAGUUCCACCUGGAGUUCCUCCGGUUGCAAAAAAUCGCGCAGGAGCUCGCGGAGAAGGGUGUAAACAACAACAACGGGCCGAACACGAACAACGACGGGCCGCAAACGGCCCAGUACAUUCAAGACUUGGAAAAGUACAGCCACACAUUGUCCGACCACGUGCGGGCCGUCGAAAAUGCGGUGCGAAGCGUGGACCAGGCGGUGGCAGGUGGAUCUGGCUCAGCGUCCAGCACUGCCGGAAGGUCGUUGCAAGGGUCGAUAAUAAACGCUGGAGGCGGUGCUGUAGUGCAAGCACCUCCACCACAAGCUCCUCCGUCUUCUAAUGGCGGCAUUGGCAUCGGUGUCGGGGUACCCAUUCGAUUGCCCGGACAGCAAGGUCUUCAAGGUGGACAAGGACAACAGCAGCAGCAGCUGCCAAAUGUCCAAAUGCAGAUGCAAAUGCCUUCCGCCCCAUCUUCACAACCAAGCACGAUUUCCGGCAUCAAUACACCUGCCAUGUUUUCAACAUCUGGCGGAGCUGUUGGAGGAACACCACAGCCUCCACAACAACAGCAGAACAGCUACCGACCAGGUAGUUUCGCCGCUUCUAUGGCAGCAAGCCAAACAGCUGCAGAUACACAAGCAACUGCAAACUCUGGCUCUGCGUCUCUGUUCCCAAAAGGCGAGGACAAAAUCGCAGCGAAGCCCGACAUCGAGAUGUGGAAAGCCCAGCAGCUGAUGGGCAACAUGGCCGUGCCGGCAGGACCACAAGGCGCGGCGGGAGGUGGUCUUUCGAGUGGGCAAAUGCAGCAGGGGAUGAUGGGAGCAGGAGGACCGAACGGCCAGAAAAUGUCGAGAUUGGAAUUCCUGUUUCUUGAUUUGCAAAACGGAAUGUCCGACUUUGAACAAUUAAAACCUCUGUUCGCAAAGAUCGACCACACGUCCGCACAAAUCUCCCGCAUGGACCUGAACGACCGAAGAAUUCUGCAGGGCAUCGAAGCGGAGGAACUGAACUACCGCAUGCAAAACAUCGAAAAGCAAGCGCAGAAGAUCGAGAGUAGAAUGGCGCAGCUCGGCCCGGCGGAGGAGAAGCAGUUUUCGGAAGAAGUGGAGCAGUUUGUGAAGGAUAUGCGGAAACACACGGGAAGAGUACGUGAGUUGUUCACCACUGUCGUUUUCAAAAAUGACAAGACCGUCACCAUCCCGAAGGAAUUACCAAAACUGGACCCGAACGCGAAACUGGACCCGUCGUCCCCGGAGAUGCGGAAGAUCACGGUGAUAUUCGCAGAAAUCCAGUCCAACAUGCAGAUUUUUGAACGAGAACUGGCGCCAAGAUUCGCCGCGGUGACCCCGCAAAUUCUCCAGUCGAGGACCAAUUUGGACGAGAAAGGAAUCAUGACGGGGGAGGAGUCGCAAAAGCUACAUGUGCGCUUCGUGUCCUUGCAAUCCCGAUUGCAUUCCGAGCACAAAGAAAAACAAUACCUCGAGGAGUUGACGCAGUUCAGCAACGACUUGCGGACCCACGUGAACGCCGCCCUGAAAUUGAUGAAGGACGAUUUGAAAAUCGAGAAAACCGCCAUGCCGGCGAUGGGAGUACAACCGGGUGCAGCACGAGGAGGGCCUGGAGGACCAACAGGCGGGCCGAUCGGCGGUACACCAAUUGGAGGACAAGCGAUGCCAACAAAUCAGCCGCAGCUCCGCACGGUGUCGGGAGGCGCCAACGCAAUGCCGACCCCGGCGAACUUUGCCGGUGGCGGUGGCCGCCCGAUGGACCCAAUUUCCAAACAGAUCAACGAUUUGUUCGAAAAGGUGGACAAACACAUGCAGAGAUUCGAGGCAAACGUCAAGCCGCUCUUCAAAAAUGUGCCGGCGCCACAGGUAUGAUAUUAAAUUAUUUAUAUUAAUUCAUCUCACUACACUCGAAGCUGCGGCAGCUGGUGCCAUCAUGCAUGACUAAGCCUGUGCCUGCUGUGGUCUCUGCAGCAGCAAGAAUAGAAGUACACACAAACACCGACCUGUCGUGUACCUCCAUGUCGAAUCUAUGGAAAAACUUCUAGAUGCAUUUUUUAUACAACCUUACAAAGCAAAUAAAUAAACAAAAUCAGGUACUGAUGAACAAGCUGGAGGACAAGCAGGAGCUGAAGAUUGCGACCGGGCAAGCGUCCGAAGAAAUCCACCGGCGUUUUCUGUCCAUCCAAACCCGGGCGAACUCCCUGAACCAGCAGCAAGGCCCGGCGAUUCAGGCCUUCAUCCUGGACCUGGAGAAGUUCGAGAAAGACCUCUCCGAGCACGUGCCCGCCGCGGAACUCGUCAUGAAAAAAGCAAGCCAAAUGUCGCAGGGGUCCACGGAGGCGUACAAGAAGCAAACGCCCGAGUUUUCCGAGAAGGAGCUGGACGACGAAUUGUCCAAAGUGGAGCAAGACAUGCUGGAACAGGACCGCCGACUUCCCACCACCCUCCGCAACUUGAAGGAGCGCAUGGGCUCCCAAUUGGGAGAAUUUACCCAAUCGAACAAGGAGAAACUGGUGGAAAGAGAAGUGAACAAAAUGGCGCACAUGCUUGCCGCGAUCAAAAACGCGGCGCUCGAAAUCCUGCGCGAGAUACGACAAGGGUUUCAAGGGAAGCGCCCGCUCAAGGAAUUGAACGAGCUCUUCUGGGACGACUUCGCCACGGAAUCGCAAAGGUAUAGAUGAUGCUGUACUGAAGUAAUGUUCAGAUUUUUAUGAUGAGGAUGAGCGUUCUUGUCUUGCGCAGUUUACAUAACUCCAUAAACUGUAACCAUCUAGUACCUGAUAGUCGGUGAUGUAGCUUGUUUUUGUCAUGAUGCGGAGAUGAAAACAUAAUAAAAUAUUAAUUUUUCACAGUGGAUAAGUACAUUUCCAUUUAUUCCAAUAUGAAAAAAAGAAUCACUGAUUCACACUUAUGACAGAUUCCUCGCCACUAUCCGGGAUCUGCAAAAGGAGGAGAUGCAAGCCUCGCGAGAAUCCGGCGGCGACACCAACAUGGCUGAAAACAUAAACAUGCCGGGCAUGAAGCUAACCGGGAACAUUCUUGGUAUAGUAUGCUUGCAAGAGUAUUAUUAGGAGAUUCCAACUGAUGUUGUUAGGGAUGGAAAAUGUAGAAAAGUUUCAUACCUAUAAAGUACUAGCUAGCACGGUCGGGCACUGGUUACGAGCACGAUGGCGAUCAUUCUUUGCAUUUUUUGGCGUCCCCACUAGCACGGUCGGACCGUGUUAGUGGGGACGCUAAAAAAAGCAACCCAGCUGGUUGCCGCGCGCUUUUAGAACCUCUGCGGGCGAAAAAGUGAAUAUAUAUCCAAAAAAUGAGCCGCAUAUUUCGAAACUGGCCCGCAUAGGUUCCAAAAGCACGCGGCAACCAGCUGGGCUGCUUUUUUUGGCGUCCCCACUAGCACGGUCGGACCGUGCUAGUGGGGACGCCAAAAAAAGCAACCCCGAUGUUUGCCGCGUGCUAGAAGUGCCUAUGUUGACCAAUUUCGAAAAUAUGCGGCCCAUUUUGAAAAUAUGCGGCCCAUUUUUGGGGUAUAUAGGUAUGAAACAUUUUGCAGUUUUCCAUUCAUAGAUGUUGUGUGAGAUAUUUAUUGCAUUUGCAAUCUCAGGCAUUGCACUUGUAAGCCUCUUGUUACGUCGAUUGGGCGGCCCGACGUACAGGCGCGUGAUGGAGAUCGAAAUCACGAUGCUUUUUGUCAGCACCUGAAGACCACCAGAUUUUUUUUUUAUGCAGUGAAGAAGAUUUCGUGCUGAUAAUGAUAUGCCUCUCAUGCAUACGCGGCUGCACCAUGACAGAUUGCUUUGCAAAAAGGGACCGAAAAAAAUCAUGACCCAGGUACUUCUGGCGUCACAAGCAAAGCGUUGGAGAACAGUUCUUCAACCAGCUACGUGUCUCGUGGCAUGGUCCAGGGCGGGGCGCAGAGUGGCACCGCAAGCAGCAUCGAUGGAAACAAUGACGAUCAAGGGACUCUGAAUGCUGCCGCGGCUGGGGUACAAUAGUUCUCAUAGUCGUGUUCUUUGUGCCAGGGAGUCUAUGCAUUCAUCUUCUGCUUCUUCAUCUUGCAGGGAAAUUCAUUGGAUUGCUGUCAUCCUGAAUUUUGGUUUGCGUUUGCACCAUGUUUCAUCUUUCUACUGCUCGAUGUGUAAAUCAAUAUGGAGAAACAGGAAAUAAUCAGAGUGUAUGAACAAAACUCCCGCCUUACAGGUUGCGAACAUGCAAGGACCGGGUGGCCACGGCGGGUUCGGCGCCGGCGGCAUGGCAGGGCUCGCAAAGUUGCCGAAGUUGCAACUGUAAAAGCAGCGGCAAAUCUUGUCGCGGAAAAUAAGAACGGCGCUAGAAGGAGGGAGGCAUAUGGUUUUUUUUCAAAAACGAACAUCUAGAAGUUUUGUUUCGAAGUAAUUUUUCGAGGAAUUUUUAAAUGGCGGAGAUGCGCUUUAUUAUCUACAGCAGGUUUGGAUCUAUCGAAACACCUGGCGACCUCCCUUGGUUGAGUUCUACUGCUCUCAUUGGAGCCGCAAGAAUUCCCGAUGGGUUGUGAUAUGGGUUGUACUUCCUCGAGAUAGAUUUGCUCAAUUUGUGGUAACCUGUAGUAGAAGUAGUACUUCGCCACAACUGAUUCCUUUGUUUACUUCAGUAGUUAUAUUGCAUGCUCUACAGCACUCAGUGAAAUGGGUAAAGGACUGUGAAUAGAUAAAUACAACUAUAAUAGAUACCAGAAAACUACUAUACUUGUACGUCUCGUCCUGGAAAACGUACCAUAGCAACAGCCAAUAUGUAAUUUGCAGUUUCGAAAAUCGGAAGCGGAACAAGAAAGGAAGAACUCGACAGCAGACAGCCUAAUGCUGCGUCAGACACAGAAGUGCCAAAGAAUGUACGACUUUAUUUGAUGCCAUGCGGCCUUUGCUUUUUCUUCUGCUAGUUUCCGUGGACAAAUGCAAGAAACCAAAAUGUACUUAUGACGGAGUUACUUCUAACCUCCGGGCUGUGGUACAGACGAGCAGACAGAGCUUCAGUUUUUACGAUAUCGAUCAACAAUCGCCAGCACAAAUAAACCAAAGAGAGAACAAAUGGUAUCAGAGCCCACGACGUCAGAUUUUCAGUUCUUAAAAAGCCGGCGUCAAAGCUAUGCCCGGUUGUUUCUUCAAUUAGUGUUGAUUUGGAACAAAAAGAAU